GACAGGCAGUUUUCUCGUCUAAGAUACACGACUCAUGUAUUCUUAUGGAAUGAGAAUGUGGAGCUAUCUAUCCAACUUAAACAGAUGAAUUGGAAUGAUUGUUACAUUGGGAGAUGGCUCUAAAGCCUUCCUGUCAGAAGUCCCUUGGGAUUGAGGAUAACUUGCUUCCACUCAAUCUCUGUGGGUUCUGAGGUGGCUGAUGAGGUCAAUGUGGGACAUGCAGAUUCUGCUACAGGCGGCCCAGAGGUACUUAAUGAGGUGGAUGGCUAGGGAGGCGGUUCAUUGAUUAUGGACAAAAGAUUCCCACAGGCCUCGUGUCAAACCAGACACAGCUACCAUCUCCGAUAUUUGGAAGAGUUGUGAUUAUGCUGGUGGAUGCUUUGAGAGAAGAUUUUGUCUUUGGACAUAAAGGAAGGCAAUUUAUGCCAUAUACAUGGCACUUGGUUGAACGAGGUUCAUCACACAGUUUUAUUGCUAAAGCCUGGCCACCAACAGUCACUAUGCCCAGAAUUAAGGCAAUGAUGACUGGUAAAAUACCUGGAUUUAUUGAUAUCAUCGGGAACCUAAAUUCUGCUGCUCUGCUGGAAGAUAAUCUAAUCUGGCAGGCAAAAGUUGCUGGAAAAAGAAUCGUGUUCUAUGGUGAUGACACUUGGAUCCAAAUGUUUCCUGAUCAGUUUACGGAACAUGAUGGAACUACCUCUUUCUUCGUAUCUGAUUAUACUGAGGUUGAUGAAAAUGUAACAAGGCAUUUGGAUAAAGUACUAGAAAGAAGUGACUGGGAUUUAUUAAUUUUGCACUACCUUGGAUUAGAUCAUAUUGGCCAUCUGGCAGGACCAAAUAGUCCUUUGAUUGGACCAAAACUCUCAGAAAUGGAUAAUGUUGUUCAGAAGCUUCAUGUAGGACUUCUAUCCAAGGAAGCCUCUCUGCCUAGUUUAUUGAUAUUGUGUGGGGAUCAUGGUAUGUCAGAUACAGGUAGUCAUGGAGGAUCUUCAAAUCAUGAAUUGAACACUCCACUUGUUUUCAUUAGCCCUGCUUUUGCAAAGAAACAUUCCUUUGUUGCUUCUGAAUAUGUGGAGCAAACCGAUCUCACAUCCACUUUAGCAUUAGGAUUUGGUUUGCCUAUCCCUCGGAACAAUUUGGGACAUCUCAUUCCAUCUGUCCUUGAGGAACCAUCUUUACGAGAACAGCUAAGAUACGUGCAUCUUAAUGGCUACCAACUUAGUCUGCUGAUUCAAGAGAGUAUUCCUGCGUACGAGAAAGAUGCUGGGUACAAACUAUUUCAAAUAGCACUAAAAUCUCACGGUUCUUGGAUCAAACUUUAUUUGGAAGGUAACACUUCGGAAACUCUUGCAAAUUUAGGAAAAAAGGUGUUGCGGCAGUAUUUGGAUGCAGUGAAGUUCAUGAGCUCCUCGCUUUCCAAAAUUGUGGCACAGUAUGACAUGUACUCAAUGAUUGUCGGAACAAUCAUUGUGGUGGAGGUUAUUUUCCUUCUGGUAGUAAGUACUCCAGAGGCACUGGGCAGCACUGCUGAACUUGAAGUACCUGUGUCAUCACCAUUUUACUCCCUCCUAUUCUACCUGCUGUGUCUGAUGUUUGCAGCGAUUCAUGCUGUUGUGUGUACAUCGACCACAACAUCUUGCUACUUUUGUAAUAUGUCCUGGCUGCUGGUUGCAACAGUGAUUGUACUGAUAUCUGCCUUGAAGUGUGUGCUCUUUUCAACUCUUUGGAGGCGUUUUGCUAACAGAAAACCUCAACAUAAGAGUUGUGCUGCAGAUUGUUCUAGCUGGUCAGAGCUGGAUCUGGUUCUGUUGCUUGGGACUUUUGGACACGCUCUGAGUCUGGGUUCCAGCAGCUUUAUAGAAGAAGAACAUCAAACAUGGUUCUUUUUAGUCAACACACUUUUAUUGGUGUUCUUUCAAGAUGCCUGCCGGAAAUAUUUUGCUGCCAGUGACCCUAAAGAUAAAGCCAAAAAAUGGAAUGCAGAAGACGAUGAACAGCAGACCGCAAUCCACGGUUUAUUUGAAACAUCCUAUCUUGACCCAGAAGAUGAUAAAUCAAAAGAUUAUGUACGAUCGGGUAAAAAUUAUGAAAAAUGGUUGGUCUUAUCAAGCCCCUGGGUUAUCCUUGUGUUUUGUCGGGUGCUUCGCAGUCUGAAUCAGACGGGAAUGAAAUAUGCUCAGAAGCCUGACUUUGGCCACUGGCUAACAAGCUCCAAUCACAGAAUUGAACUCUCCGUGUUGACAGCAAUUUCCCUGUUGCUGAUCUUCAUUUUGGUUCAGAGGACAUGUUCCUUUGUUUCCAAAGCAGCACUGGCACUGGGGCUGGUGGGAAUCUACUGCUAUCGUGCUGCAGUUGGAAAUGUAGUUUUUCCUUGGAAGCCAGAUAAACAUGAUGUUUCCAAGGGAAUAAUUGAAGCACGUUUUGUUUACGUAUUUAUCCUUGGCAUACUCUUCACGGGAGUUAAAGACCUUUUGAAAUCUGGAGUUGUUUCUUCUGACACAGUGACGAACGGUAGGGGACUCUGGGAAAUAUACAAUGGACUUGUGCUCUUGGCUGCAUUGCUCCUUCGCCCUCACAACUUGCCAGUGUUGUUGUUCAUCCUUGUGGUUCAAAUGAUUUUGACCAAAUUUAUAUGGAGGACAUUGGGUUAUGAUGCAGCACAAAUUACCAUCAUAUAUUACUGGUUUGGCCAGGCCUCCUUUUACUUUCAGGGAAAUUCAAAUAGCAUUGCAACUGUGGAUAUAUCGGCUGGUUUUGUGGGUUUUGAGGACUAUGUUGAGCUACCAGCAAUCUUCCUUACAAUAUAUGCCACUUAUAUAGGUCCUCUGCUGUGGGCUGUGCACCUAACCUGUUACAUGAGCUCGGAAAGAAGCAGGUAUUCUUCUGCUGCAGUGGGACACAGCUGUUACUGUUUUAUUCUGUUACGGGCAAUUCCAGCAUCAGUUUACGUUAUUCUAAUUACCUCUCUACGUUAUCAUCUAUUUAUCUGGAGUGUUUUCUCUCCAAAAUUGCUCUAUGAAGGUAUGCACACAUUUGUAACAGGAGCAGUGUGUGUCAUGUUCACAGCAAUGGAUCAAAAAAGAAUGUUAAAAACUUAAUCUUAAAAGUGGUAUUGAACUGAAUUUGUUUUUCAGACAUCUUAUGUAACAAUUGUUGUAAAGGAAAAUUAUUGAAUUGAUGUGAUGCAAAUGAAAUCUCCAUCACUUUUUUGCUGUUUUUAUAAUUCAUGAAUGCUCCCGUGAGCUUGGUGGGGGAGUGGAAGAAUGGUUAGUAGUAGGUGGAGUUUGUCUUUGGUGGCAUAAAAUGAACAGGAACUAAUUAGUCUACACUAUCUUUUUUUAAUCACAAUUCUUGAUUUGUUUUUCAUCUGGUCACAAUGAUAGCAAGUUGGAUGGCCUCCUUCCAUGCUGUAAAGUCCACCUUGAGCCUGUGUCACACUCAUCUGUCUUCUCCCCAUGGCCCUGCAAUUCUUUCCUUUUGGAUACCCUCCCAGUUUUUGAAUGCUACAAUUGAAUUGUCUCCACUACUACCCCUGUUGGUGUACUUUAUUUAUGUUGGUGCAAAACUGACUGGUAAUGAGCUGUUGACCAUUCAUGCUGCCAUCAAAGAUUGGUUUCAUGCUUAUAGAACGGUGUACUUCUUUGCUGAAACAUUUGAAUUGAAUCUGUUCGGGCAUUGUUUUCCAAAUGAGCCACCAAGUUUGAUUUACUCUCUUGAUUAUUUCUGAGGCCCUUUAUAUAUUUUCUUGAAAGAGGAAGCCUAAUUUAAAAUGAUGGAUUCUGCUCUGACAGCUUGAUGCAGAGAAUUCCACAUACUAAGCAUUCUGUAAUCUCCCUCUUAAUUUGAAUGAUGACAGAUUUGUGUCUGAGAUUAUAGCAAUUACUUUUUAAUGUUUCUCAAAAGAUUUCUUAAGUCAUUUUUAUUGGUUUAUCAUAAGAAUGUAAUUCAGAAUCAUUUGAUAAAAUUUGCCAGUCAUUAUUAUUUUGAUGGGCCCUGUUGCCUCUAGUGUUAGCUGUUGCUCAUUUAACGGUGACCAUACUGGGUCAAAUAGUUGUGGGUUCAAGUCCAACUUUGGAGAUUUGAGUCUAUGACAAAGGCUGAUGCUGUGCAAUACUGAGGGAGCAUUGUACAGUUGAUGCUGUCAGAAUGAGGUGAAAAGUUGGUGGAAAACAGAAAUACUUCAAGAAAGAUUCAAUAAUGUCUCAAAAAGCCCACUGUAAACAUAAACCCACCCUCUGUCUUUCUUCGAAAGUGAACAUUUUGAAUGGACUCGCACGAAAUCCAAGGGCAGCAGAUUAUUUCUGCAGAUUUGAUAGUAGUACGAUGAGCUGUAUUUUCCAGAUGCUGAAACGAGCAGAUGGACUGCACUGACCUGUAGUCCGAUUCUGUUUACAUUUUUUAAAAGUGAAUUUUAGAUAUUCUUUUCAAAUACUGUCUUCAGACGAGAUUGUGGGAAUUAUGGUGGACUUAUUGAAAAAACACAUCUUAACUAUAUGUUCCUUGAAUCUUCUAGUUGAUGACACCAAAAUUAGUUGAUCUAUUUUUCAAAGCAAGGGAAUAAAGUGACAUUUUUCAGAA